AAAGACAGAUAGCCUCAGCUUCGCUCGCGCACACGCAAUUUGAGAUUGACGAUUAGGAUCUGAACGCUUUCGACAUGGCCGAUAGGGAAGACGACGAUAGAGAUAGGGAGUUUCCCAAGAAAUUGGCUGAUUCUUCUUCCUCUUCAAAUGGUGGAGUGGUAGAUGAUGACAGCAAGUAUGCGAAUCCGCAACCGUCGAUGAACUCGUCUCCAUCUCCACAGCAAGCGAAGGUGCCGCGCAAGAACAAGAAGACUCCAGCCGAGAAGGAACUCUCCCUCCGAAAGUACUUCGACACUGUUGGACCAUCCGAGGGAUUUGAUUCGGUGGUUGAUUCGGAUUCGGAUUCUGAUAUGUUGGGUGACAUUAGGCCAGACUCUAUGGAUGAUGAAGAGGUAAUAGAAGCUGCAAAGUUUGCUGUUAAUGAGCACAACAAGACGUUGGAGAAGCAAAAUCAUCUAAUCUUUGAAAGGGUAAUGAAAGUGAACACUCAAGUGGUAGUUGGAUUUAUGCUUUAUAUGACUCUGGAGGUAAAGGAAAGGCAGGGGAACGAGAACGAGGAGAGAUCAUUUUACGAAGCUAAAGUCUAUCUUGGCAUAAAUCGUCACAUAGCCCUGGAAUUCUUAAGGCCUGCUAUUCACUUUAAGGGUUAGAGUCAUAUAAGUUUAGGUAAUGGUUGUGAUCGUUAUUUUCUUUGUUUUCUGAAAUGAGUGCUUUGUUAAUUUCAGUCAGUUAAUUCUCUUAUUUGUGGUUAUGGUGAUUGUUGAGCUGUGAAUGCCAGUUUGGUUCAGUUUGGUUUUGUUGCAUAAGAAUUUUUGGAAAGACGUGGUGUCCAUAUAAAACUUUUUCUAUUUUCUAUUGGCUUUUAGCCAGACA